UGGCCCCGGAAGCAGACGCUGGGCCCUGGCUCCGGGGUCAGAGAGGCCGCGAUGCUGUCGCGCGGAUCCAUCGAGAUCCCGCUCCGGGACACGGAUGAGGUCAUUGAGCUUGAUUUUGACCAGCUACCAGAGGGAGAUGAAGUCAUCAGUAUUCUCAAGCAAGAACACACCCAGCUCCACAUAUGGAUGGCCUUGGCGCUGGAGUACUUCAAACAAGGAAAGACAGAAGAUUUCGUAAAGUUACUAGAAGCUGCUCGUAUAGAUGGAAACCUGGAUUAUCGAGAUCAUGAGAAAGACCAGAUGACAUGUCUGGACACUCUUGCUGCUUACUAUGUGCAACAGGCUCGGAAAGAGAAGAAUAAAGAUGCAAAGAAAGAGCUUAUCACGCAAGCUACCUUGCUGUACACCAUGGCUGACAAAAUCAUCAUGUACGACCAGAAUCACUUGCUGGGUAGAGCCUGUUUCUGUCUGUUGGAGGGGGAUAAAAUGGACCAAGCUGAAGCACAGUUCAACUUUGUGCUAAAUCAGUCACCAAAUAACAUCCCUGCACUCUUGGGUAAAGCUUGUAUCUCUUUUAAUAAGAAAGAUUACAGAGGUGCUUUGGCCUAUUACAAGAAAGCCCUUCGGACCAAUCCCGGAUGCCCAGCUGAGGUUCGGCUGGGAAUGGGCCAUUGCUUUGUGAAGCUAAGUAAACUAGAAAAAGCUCGCCUUGCGUUUGGAAGGGCUCUGGAUCUCAACCCUAAAUGUGUCGGAGCACUGGUGGGGCUGGCUGUCCUGGAACUGAACAACAAAGAAGCUGAUUCCAUCAAAAAUGGCGUGCAACUACUCUCAAGAGCUUACACAAUCGAUCCCAGCAACCCUAUGGUAUUAAACCACCUGGCCAAUCACUUCUUCUUCAAAAAGGAUUACAGCAAAGUGCAGCACCUAGCUCUUCACGCCUUCCAUAAUACAGAGGUGGAGGCUAUGCAAGCAGAAAGCUGUUAUCAACUGGCUAGGUCCUUUCAUGUACAGGGUGAUUAUGACCAGGCUUUUCAAUACUACUAUCAAGCCACCCAGUUUGCUUCCACUACCUUUGUCCUGCCUUUCUUUGGCCUGGGACAGAUGUACAUUUAUCGAGGGGACAAGGAGAAUGCAGCGCAGUGCUUCGAGAAAGUUCUCAAGGCCUAUCCCAACAAUUAUGAAACAAUGAAGAUUUUAGGUUCUCUGUAUGCCACCUCAGACGAGCAGGAGAAGAGAGAGGUUGCAAAGGGACACUUAAAGAAAGUGACUGAACAAUACCCAGAUGAUGUAGAGGCCUGGAUUGAACUAGCUCAGAUCCUUGAACAAUCAGAUAUUCAGGGUGCCCUAUCAGCCUAUGGGACAGCUACAAGAAUCCUUCAGGAGAAGGUGCAAGCUGACGUUCCUCCUGAAAUCCUAAACAACGUUGGAGCACUUCAUUUCCGACUGGGAAACUUAGGAGAAGCUAAGAAAUACUUCCUGGCAUCACUCGAACGUGCCAAGGCUGAAGCAGAGCAUGACGAGCAUUACUACAAUGCAAUCUCAGUCACCACUUCCUAUAAUCUGGCCAGACUCUACGAGGCCCUGUGUGAAUACCAUGAAGCCGAAGUAUUAUACAAGAAUGUUUUAAGAGAACAUCCAAAUUAUGUGGACUGUUAUCUACGCUUGGGCUGCAUGGCAAGAGACAAGGGGAAUUUUUAUGAAGCCUCUGAUUGGUUUAAAGAAGCUCUACAGAUCAACCAGGAUCAUCCGGAUGCAUGGUCACUGAUUGGGAAUCUUCACUUGGCUAAGCAGGAAUGGGGACCAGGACAAAAGAAGUUUGAACGAAUCUUGAAACAGCCAUCAACUCAAAAUGACACCUAUUCCAUGUUGGCCUUGGGUAAUGUUUGGCUUCAGACUUUGCACCAGCCAACUAGGGACAGAGAAAAGGAGAAACGGCACCAGGACCGGGCACUGGCAAUCUACAAGCAAGUGCUUCGGAAUGAUCCCAAGAAUUUGUAUGCUGCUAAUGGCAUAGGUGCUGUAUUGGCACACAAAGGGUAUGUCCGUGAGGCUCGUGAUGUAUUUGCCCAGGUGAGGGAGGCUACAGCAGAAAUAAGUGACGUCUGGCUAAACCUAGCACAUAUCUAUGUCGAGCAGAAACAGUAUAUAAGCGCUGUCCAGAUGUAUGAGAACUGCUUGAAGAAAUUUUACAAACACCAGAGCACAGAGGUAUUGCUGUUCUUAGCAAGAGCUUAUUUCAAAUGUGGAAAGCUUCAGGAUUGCAAGCAGACUUUGCUGAAGGCCAGGCACGCGGCCCCUAAUGACACCGUGCUUAUGUUUAACAUGGCCUUGGUGCUACAGAGAUUAGCCACCUCUGUCCUCCGAGAUGAAAAGAGCAACUUGAAGGCAGUAUUGAACGCAGUCAAAGAACUGGAACUCGCCCAUCGGUAUUUCAAAUAUCUCAGUAAUGCUGGGGAUAAAAUGCGAUUUGAUUUGGCUCAAGCUGCUGCAGAGGCAAGACAAUGCUCUGAUCUGAUGAGCCAAGCCCAGUAUCAUGUGGCUCGUGCACGCAAACAGGAUGAAGAGGAUCGUGAGCUGCGCUGCAAGCAGGAGCAGCAUAAGGAAAUGCUGAGGAUGCAAAUGGUCAAAGAACAGGAGGAUAAGAAACAGAAGGAGCUAAAUGAGCAACGUAAGUUACUGGAACAACGAAGUCAGUUUUUGGAAAAAACUAGGAACUUGUUGGUAUUCAAUGAGGAGAUGGAAACCUCAAAGGAGAAGAAAAAGGGAGGUGGAAAGCGUGGGAAGAAAGGAGAAUUUGAAGAGUUUGUUAAUGAUGAUUCUGAUGAAGAUUUGCCAUUGCCCAAAAAGAAGAGGAAGCAAAGAGCGAGUGGCAGUGAACCAGAGAACGGAGAUGAGGAAGGCCAACAGAAGAAAAGGAAGAAGAGAAGACGACCACAGAGAGCUGCUGAGGAUGGCAGUGAGGAUGAAGAAACUGGCUCGCAAGCCAAGAAGCCACGCAGACCCAAAGCAGGAGAGCGGAAGAAGAAAGAGAAGGUUAAACCUGAACGACUCCCACCUUCCAUGAAGGGUAAAAUCAAGUCAAAAGCAAUAAUUUCAUCUAGUGAUGAUUCCUCUGAUGAGGGAACACUGAAGAUAGCAGAAGGAAAUGCACGGGAGAGUGGGUCAGACGAGGAUGAAUCCACUGACAAGCACAGGAAACGAAUCGUGUCUGAGAGCGAGUCAGAGGAUGGGCAGAAUCAGGGCAAGUCAGACAGCGAGGUGGGCAGCAGCCCAAGAUCAGGGGCUGCGCAUUCAGUUGCCAACUCUGACAGUGAGCAGUCAGCCAAUGGACAGCCACAGUCAGAUCACUCGGGCAGGAGUAAGUCUGCCAGCUCGUCAUCAGAAGUGGAGGAGGAAGAGUCUCGCCCUGCUUCACGGGCCUCGAGGGAUUCAGACCAGCAGUCUUCUGAUGGAGGAGGUUCAGGCCAAGGCUCAGCUGUUGAAUCGGAUCAAGAAUCUAAUCCUGGGGAUGCUCACCAAGGAUCCGUGUCUCCCACACAAUCAGAUGAUGACAGUGACUGAUUGCUACUGCUCUGAUGGUUCCUUCGAUCUCAGUUGACCUUGAAAUCUUAGCUCAGUACGGUCGAUCUGAGAACUGAGUCGAUACUGAAGUUUAGACAAGAAGUCCCUUUAUUUUAUUGGAAACUGUGAAACAUGGCUUUUCAUACUUUGACAGACGAUUGUGAUAUCUACUCAUAAAAUUAUUUUUGACUCUAUGUUUCGUACCAGAGAUGGUCCAAGGUUUGACAGCAGUCAGGCGCUGUUAAAGUGAUAAAAUGCUUCGGGAUGUCGGUCAAACUGGUGCAGGCUAGAUCCUGGUUUAUGUCGAUCAGAAAAGAGCCAAUAUUUUAGGUGACAGGCACUAUAGAUAUUGAUAAAUGUGACCAAUGAUUUUUUUUGGAAACCCUUGUAAACCAAGAGAUGCUUCCAACAUUUGUUAAAUAAAUGUUUCAUUUAAAAUGAAAGUA